UUCACUGAACAGCCACACGACGAUCACGAACGACACACUAUAUAUAACAGCGAUGCGAAAAGUUUAACUCGACCCAUACUGCAUGAGGCGGAGCAUGUUUCUGGCCCGAAUAUGCCUGGAACGGUUGACACUAACGAUGCAUGCAUGGGAACACAUAGAUCUUUUUUAAAACCGAAAGAGAGAGAAGUCUCCUCGCCGCUCCCAAACGUGAGUCCCGUUCUUCCCGGUGACGUCAUCAUCCCUCCUCCGCCUUUGUUCGAUACGAAUGUAAGUGAUAGUAUCAUACUUAGCGAAAACGAGUUUGAGUCGAGUCUACCGCCCAUCACCGUCGUCCCCGACAGCAUAGUUCUGCCGGAGACGCACGUGGCCGAAACAACCAUGCAGUCUACCGACUCGACUAAUUCACCAGAAUCUGAAAUUCCUCCCCCCGUCAAUUACAACGCUCACCCUGUAUUGGCAUCUCAACCCAUUUUAAUAAACCCUCCGUCCCGAGUAGACAUAAUUUCUGAAGUGCCUUCACAACAAGUCUUCCGAACGCCAAAGUUUUCCUCCGUUAGCAGUGAUGAGUACUAUAAAGAAUUACAUGUAAGUCCUGGUAAGGAACCCGACCCACCCGAAUUGCUACAUGUGCAAUAUAAAACGCUGCCUACAGUUUCUCACAUACCAAAUUCACCAUGCAAUUUGCAUCCUGACGAAACUUAUUCAGAUGACGUACCUACCCAUAUACCGACACAUUAUUCGCUCAGAGAUAUGCGGGCUAGAAGUCUCUCACCAAAAAUGGUACAUUCGUCAACCUACCCACCUAUUAAUCCGUACCCAUCUUUGACGACGGUGGCGGGCACAUACAAUCCCUAUACUUGCACUCAUCAAAUGUGCUUUUCCAACCCAAAUAGGCUCUCUAGCCACGAGCCACAAGUCUCGCCGUCAUUUGUUAGUAAUUUAGGAAACGACAUAAAUGCUAACGUUACUCAACCAGUUCCCAUCAUUUUAAACGAAGUGCCUAAAAGUGUUCAGUCGGAGAGAAGAGUCCGUUUCGGCGAAGUGACGACUGCUCCUGAGCCCGACACGUUGUCGAACAGUUCGGAAAACUUGAGGGCAGGGAGCUCCUCGCCCGGCCCUGACCCGAAACCCGCAUGGAGCAGCAAAAUCAAAGCCUUCGCCAUCGGCGAGGUAAUCACCACUGUUCGCCAUUUUAUCCAUCUCACGGCUUCUUUUGAUUGUGUUCGUCGACAACCCAAAUCUCCCACCCACUUGAUCAAACAUUGUCAUCUACACUCAUCCCCACGUACCUACCCGAUUUAUGUUACUUACUCGACCGAUGCUGUUUAACUCGUAUUAACUUAACUUAUUUUGCAUGUUAUAUUUUAUUUACCUUUCAUCAAGUUAUAAUUAUAUAAUUUAUUAACAUGUUUGCCUUGGUUUUAACAACAGUUUACUGACUGCAUGGGUGUGAACAGCCUGGAAAAGGGAUAUGCAAAUUAUGCAAUGGCUUGUACAUAUCAUGAGCUUAUUAUACUCACUAACUGCAUUCACUUUUGCCGACAAUAUGAUACGCUGCCAUG